UUAAGACAACCAUCUCUGGGAGGCUGAUUGAUUUCAUAUUCAUGUUGGAGGGAGGACAAGCUUGUUUCACACACGCACGCACGCGCGCACGCGCAAGAGCAGAGAUAGGCGCAGUGUUCCAGGAGAGCCAGAGCUCAGGUUAUCAGUGCUCUUGAAGAUGAUAGCAUUUUGAGAAUGACCCACACGCCUUUGGAAUAGAACUCAGCACCGUUGCGCAUUUUUUUGGGGAAGGAAUUUUACCCACCCUUUAUCGGGAUUGGUGACAACAACAUCCUUUUAGAGGAGGAGGAGGAUAGAGAGAGAGAGGCAUGUCGGAAAAACACGUCCCAUUCUUGCCUCUGUGUGUGCGUGAGAGACAGUUGGACUCUUAUGUAAAGUCGGUCCCUGACCGCAAGUCGUCAUCCUUCAUCAUGCAGCUGUUGUGCUCUCCCACCUCAUCCAUGCUCAACAUGUCCUUCCAAAUAGCCACUUGUAAAACAUCUCAGUCACAUGAGGAGUCCCACAUUCACAAAGAGAGGCCUUGACGACUCCAACCGUCAGACAAUGCAGCCCCCUCCGUACAUCCCGGGCCCGCAGGACCCUAAUGUACCGCAGCACCCCAACAUGCCACCCGGCGCCCAGCCCGGCUAUCCCCCGCCACCUCCGCCCCCGGGUUCGGAGGGAUACCUCCAAGAGACUCAGUUCCAUUGUAACACCACGGGACCCCCGGGGGCCCUACAAGGCUACACAGUCCAGACUCAGGGCCCUGGAGGAGCCAUGCCUCAUCAUCCUCCAGUGGGAUACCUCCAUCCUGGGUACCCUCUGCAGCUGCAGCCGUGCACCGCUUACGUUCCUGUCUACCCCAUGGCCUCGGGGCAGCCUUACAUGGCCGCAACGGGAGGUCACCCAGCAAUGCAGCCGGGUCAGAUUCACCCCAUGCAAAUGCCUCCCAACAUCACCUUAAUGGAUCGCCGGCCGCCGCACGACUACUUGCCCAUCGCCGUGCUCACCACCGUGUGCUGCUUCUGGCCCACUGGGAUCAUCGCCAUUAUUAAAGCUGUACAGGUGCGUACGGCCAUCGCCAGAGGUGACAUGGUGACGGCGGAGAUCGCAUCCCGCGAGGCCCGCAAUUUCUCCUUCAUCAGCCUGGCGGUCGGCAUCGCCUCCAUCGUGCUGUGCACCAUCCUCACCGUGGUGGUCAUAAUUGCCUCGCAGCAUCACGAUGACGACUGGGAGCCGUAAUGAGGGGGCGGGGUUUUAAACAUCAGCUUAGAUAAUUACAUGGAGCACUGAUAAUAUGCGCUGCUAUUGCUUGCGGCUACACUAGGCUGGCUCACACAAUCACACAACAAAACAUGCUGCCAUCCAACAUACACAUCGACAGCCAAAAUAACCAAUUACGCUGGAUAUCCAAAUGCCAAAUACAAAAAUAUAUUCAACCAAUAUGUAUUGUGGGGGGGUAACUGUGCCAUGUUGAAACUGUGCUGCUAUUGUAUUUAUUGAUGGUGCACUUGUGUAAGAGACUUCAAAUUAAGUGUCAAGAGGAGCCGAUCAAUACACAUUUAAUGCAUCAGAUGUAGGCUAGUUGACAAAAUGGCAACAAGGCCAAACAGGAUGAUUUAUUUGGAAGAUGUUUUGUAUUUGCUGCUGUCAAGAUAUACAUAUAAUAUGCGCCAGUUUGUGUAUUUCUUAAAAAUCGAUAUAGAGAGAGAGAGAUUUAUCGAUGUGCCAGACUUUUACUUUGUGUUAAAAUUGGCUUGAAUUGAAUACCUCACAGUAUUAUUAGUAUUAGAAUGAUGCCGCUUCUUAGUAGUGCAUGACAAUAAAUGCAUUUGUCGUGAAGCAGUAUAACAUUUCCAAAAGUGUUUUUCCCAAAUGAUUUAUUUGGUGAACAAAAAAUGGCUCGUUUGAUAUAUUGUUUUUAGAAGCGUAUCGGCCUAUAUUGUGUUGCGCCUAGACACGACGUGGUAGCGAUGAUUAGGAGACAAUAGAAGCUUGCAUGCCGUUCUCAAUUUGUUUGGAUUUAUUUUAAAUAUGGAGGAUUCAUGUGCACAUAUUUACACAAUCUUCUGCCGUUAUUCUGUGCGGUGAGGUGUGAUUUCCUUCAAUAUGGUUGUUUUUACGUAGCAAUCAACAGCGAAGGGUGAUUCAAAUGAAUGUUUAUGAUAGAAGAGCGAGACAAAAAUAAUUAUAAUAAUGCCUAAACUGCUUUCUAGCACUUUGUGAAAAUUCUAUUUUAUCCAUCGUCCCUGGACCUAAACUGUUUUUUUUUGGCAGUCUAUAUUCAGAUCAUUUAUUUGCUAAGAAUUGCUAAGAAAAGUGAAUCUAUUUUGCUAUUAUACACAGAACAUUCAUGUCAAGCCAUUCAAAUGUUUAUUUUGUAAGUUACACUGCAGCCCGUUACUAAUAGGAAUUUAAAAGCAUGAAUUGCACAGCCGCGUUGCUGUUAAGUGUGUAAUGCACAGAUAGGAGUGUGUUUGUACUAAACAUUCUAGUUUAGAUAAGAGUGCCAAAAUGCCGCUUUGCAAAAAAAAUAGUCCCCCACCUUCAAUUUAUCGUGGGCUUUAUUUGAUUUCAUUCGACCUUGUCAUAAAGCAGCGACUUUUCUUUCUUUCCAAGGAGGCAGCUGACAAGUCAAUUCAAAAUGUACCCGGUUUUGUUAAAGAGUGAUCAUUUAUUUAUGAAGAUGUUACAUAGAGUUGUUUUGAGAUAUGAAUAAAUGAUACGAAUUAACUCGG